UUGCAACCUACAUUCCAACCAGAGUUGUGCUCUACAUCUGGAAAAGUUUGAGCAAAUAAUCUGACGUGAUGGGAAGCGGUAUUAGUUCAGAGAGUAAGGAGUCAGCCAAAAGGUCAAAAGAACUGGAGAAAAAGCUUCAGGAAGAUGCUGAGCGAGAUGCAAGAACUGUAAAGUUGUUGCUACUAGGAGCAGGAGAAUCUGGAAAAAGUACUAUUGUUAAACAAAUGAAGAUCAUCCAUAAGAACGGUUACAGUGAGCAAGAAUGCAUGGAAUUCAAAGCAGUAAUUUACAGUAAUACAUUGCAAUCUAUCCUAGCUAUUGUGAAAGCCAUGACCACCCUCGGGAUUGACUAUGAAAAUGCCAGAAGUGCAGAAGACCAAAGACAACUUUAUGCGAUGGCAAAUACCCUAGAAGAUGGAGGAAUGACGCGGGACCUGGCGGAGGUAAUAAAGCGGCUGUGGAGAGAUCCAGGGAUUCAGGCCUGCUUUGAAAGGUCAGCUGAGUAUCAGCUCAACGAUUCAGCAGCUUACUACCUUAAUGAUUUGGACAGAAUAACAGCUCCUGGAUAUGUCCCAAAUGAGCAAGAUGUUCUACAUUCUCGAGUGAAAACAACGGGAAUCAUUGAAACUCAAUUCUCCUUUAAAGACCUGCAUUUCAGAAUGUUCGAUGUUGGUGGACAGAGAUCUGAGAGAAAGAAAUGGAUUCACUGCUUCGAAGGAGUUACAUGCAUUAUAUUUUGUGCAGCUCUCAGUGCCUAUGACAUGGUCCUGGUGGAAGAUGAAGAAGCGAACAGAAUGCAUGAAAGCCUUCACCUGUUCAAUAGUAUCUGUAAUCACAAGUACUUUGCCACCACCUCCAUUGUCCUGUUUCUCAAUAAAAAAGAUCUCUUUCAAGAAAAAGUCACCAAAGUGCAUCUUAGUGUCUGCUUUCCAGAGUACACUGGGCCAAAUACAUUUGAAGAUGCAGGGAACUACAUCAAGAACCAGUUUCUAGACCUGAAUUUAAGAAAAGAAGAUAAGGAAAUUUAUUCCCACAUGACCUGUGCUACAGAUACCCAAAAUGUCAAGUUCGUGUUUGAUGCAGUUACAGAUAUAAUAAUCAAAGAGAAUCUGAAAGAUUGUGGACUUUUCUAACAACCUCUUUUUUCCUUUCAUUCUUGCUUAUGUAUG